AUGUUCCGCUCCGAGGCGUUCCGCUCCGACCGCGGGCUGGGCAAAGUGGCGUUGGCGGCUUUCGGAUUGGGCGUGUUUAUGACCGUACACGCGUGUCUGUUACUCUACACGGAGCUCGUAGCGCUGGCUGACUCGUCCCAAGACGCAACGUCAAUAUUGCGCUGGCAGUGCCUGGAGCAAUGGACUUUCCUGCUCAACCACAGUCGAGAGUAUCAUCUGGCAGUGCUCUUUAGCUGCUUGGAGUUCUUCCUGGAACUUUAUUUCGUGCCAGGCUGGAAGUUGCACACAUUUGUGCGUCCUGUGGGCAUCGCACUGGUCGUUUUGGGCCAGUUCUUUCGCGUGUCGGCCAUGAGCACUGCUGCCAAUAACUUUUCACAUCGAAUCGAAUACUUUAAGAGGAAGGAGCACGAACUGGUCACGCACGGAGUCUAUCGUUUCAUUCGCCACCCGAGCUACCUGGGCUGGUUCUGGUGGAUCGUGGGCAGCCAGAUCCUGCUGGCCAAUCCUGUGUGCGCGGUCGGCUACUCGCUCGUAGCCUGGAGCUUCUUCCACGACCGCAUCCCGUACGUUGUCGGUGACUUACCAGAUAUAAUCUGCGGUACUUAUUGA